GAACUCGAAGUCUUUUUUUGAGUUAGAAGACUACCGUCGUCAUGGGCGGAAGUGCUGUACCCCGCCCAGUUCGUACCUUAUGCGACGUUUUGGAGCAGAUUCUCUACCUCGGUGAUUCGCUCACCAGUCUGCGUGGGUAUUUACACCCGUGGUACACCCGUGGUGUAGCUACAACAAGGCGCAACCAUGGACCUUGUGGAUCUUGCUAUGCAAGGGCUCUCUGUCUUUGGAUUCAUUCUUUUUCUCGUACUCUGGUUUAUGCAUUUCAUGUCCAUCAUCUAUGUCCGACUCUGCCUCAACAGGAAGAGCGGUGACAAGCAGCCCUACAGUAAGCUGGCAGGGGUCUCUCUACUGAAGCCUCUGAAAGGAGUAGAUCCUAACCUCAUCAAUAACCUGGAGACCUUCUUUGAACUCGACUACCCCACGUAUGAGAUCCUGUUGUGUGUACAGGACCAUGAUGACCCAGCCGUUGAUGUGUGUAAAAAGCUCCUGGGAAAAUAUCCCAACGUAGAUGCUAGGUUGUUUGUAGGAGGGAAGAAGGUUGGCAUCAACCCCAAGAUUAAUAACCUGAUGCCAGGUUAUGAGGGGGCAAAGCAUGACCUGGUGUGGAUCUGCGACAGCGGAAUACGAGUGAAACCCGACACCCUGACGGAUAUGGCCUAUCAGAUGACGGAGAAGGUGGGGUUAGUCCAUGGCCUUCCCUACGUGGCCGACAGACAGGGCUUCGCUGCUACACUAGAACAGGUGUAUUUUGGCACCUCCCACCCGCGCUCCUACAUCUCAGCCAACGUGACGGGUAUUAAGUGUGUGACCGGGAUGUCCUGUCUGAUGAGGAAAGAUAUCCUGGACCAGGCUGGAGGGCUGAUCGCCUUCGCUCAAUACAUCGCUGAGGACUACUUCAUGGCGAAGGCUAUCGCUGACAGGGGAUGGAAGUUCUCCAUGGCAACACAGGUAGCCAUGCAGAACUCUGGGUCCUAUUCGAUUGCUCAGUUCCAGUCCCGCAUGAUCAGAUGGGCCAAGCUUCGUAUCAACAUGCUCCCCGCCACCAUCUGUGAGCCCAUCUCGGAGUGUUUCCUAGCCAGCCUGAUCAUUGGCUGGGCGGCGCAUCACGUAUUCCACUGGGAUAUUAUGGUCUUCUUCAUGUGCCACUGUCUGGCGUGGUUCAUCUCUGAUUACAUCCAGCUCCGAGGAGUCCAGGGCGGUGCGCCGGCCUUCUCCAAACUGGACUACGCCGUAGCCUGGUUCAUCAGAGAGUCCAUGACCAUCCAGAUCUUCCUGUCGGCCCUGUGGGACCCCACCAUCAGCUGGAGGACGGGGCGCUACAGGUUACGAUGUGGGGGUACGGCCGACGAGAUCCUGGACGUAUAGCUGUACUGCAUGAGUCCCACCUACAGGGACAAUACCCGGGGUCCAAUCACCCCCAGGGGCCAGAGACAAUACCCUGGGUCCAAUCACCCCCAGGGGCCAGAGACAAUACCCUGGGUCCAAUCACCCCCCAGGGGUCAGAGACAAUACCCUGGGUCCAAUCACCCCCAGGGGCCAGAGACAAUACCCUGGGUCCAAUCACCCCCAGGGGCCAGAGACAAUACCCUGGGUCCAAUCACCCCCCAGGGGCCAGAGACAAUACCCUGGGUCCAAUCACCCCCCAGGGGCCAGAGACAAUACCCUGGGUCCAAUCACCCCCAGGGGCCAGAGACAAUACCCUGGGUCCAAUCACCCCCAGGGACCAGAGACAAUACCCUGGGUCCAAUCACCCCCAGGGGCCAGAGACAAUACCCUGGGUCCAAUCACCCCCAGGGGCCAGAGACAAUACCCUGGGUCCAAUCACCCCCAGGGGCCAGAGACAAUACCCAGACACAGACUGAGACCCGUGUCCCGGAUGGUACCCUACAUAGUGCACUUUCUGACCUGGGCCCACACUUGCCCAUACUUUCUGCUCUGCUCAACAGUAGUGGACUAUAAGAGCCGUAGGUUACCAUUCGGGACGCGGACAAAGAGAUGGUAACGUUAAGAAGAAAGAAACAGCUUUGGAAUCAUCCAAAGCUUUUGGCUGUUUUUAACCUGCUUGUUAAAUGUUUUCAUUCUUUAUGUUACUGUUGCUUGUCUUUCCUGUUUUUUUAUUUAAAACUCUUGCUUGGACGAUUCUCCAAUAGGGAGACCGGGUUGUGGGCUGUGUCCGGCCUGUGUCCCAAAUGCACCCUAUUCCCUAUGUAGUGCACUACUUUUGACCAGAGCCCAAUGGGCCCUAUAAAGGGAAUAGGGUGCCAUUUGCAAAUAGCGUGACUCUCUUCAGCCAGGCUUUGGGGGUAAGAUGUACACUUCUUACUGUAAGUUUCACUGGGCUAUCAUUAAUAUGUUGGUACAAUAUCGCUAAGUCUCAAGCAGCACUAACUAGAAUAAAAUCAUUCUCCACUCACUUUAAAAAUAUAUAUUUUUUAAAUAUGAGAACUACAAUUUAUGAAUUCCCUUUGCUCCAUUUUUUUUGUUGUUGUUGCCUGGUCAGAUUUAUUUUCAAGCCAUGUGCUGGUACUCUGAUCUGUAGUUAUCUGAGCCGACAAGAUCACAGCUGUACUUUCCUCAUCAGGAGUUUCCUGCUUCGCUAGCUGGAGAGUUACUUCCUGGUUGUGCAAGGUUUUUAUUACAACCCAGCACUAACACACUUUGGGUCUGGACCAUUUGAUUAGCUGAUUGGGUGUGUUUUUAGUGCAGGGUUGGAACAAAAGCCCGACCCUACAGUAUGACGCUCCGUUCCACCUUCACUCCUGUGAAGUUCCCCUGUCUGGUCUGUCAGUGUGCUGUCAUUUAAACACAACAAGACAGGCAGCAAUAUAAAGUUUAGGCAGAAACCAUUUUGGGGGGUUUAAAAGUGUGUUUUUUUUGGUGAGGAGAAUUUUUUUCCCAUACGUUUCUAUCUUCUGCCUCCAUUUCAUUCGUGUCACAUUGUGUAGUGUGGAAGUUCUAUAGCUGUAGGGUGUGCGUCCACAAUGGUACCCUAUUCCCUAUCAUUUACUGCUUUUGACCUGGUCCCAUGUAGCUCUGUAGUGCACUAUGUAUUGUGAACAGGGUUCCAUUUGUGACACAACCCUAGGUCUUUUAUCGUGUGACUGUAUACAUAAUAUGACUACUGUGCUACCAGGCUUAGACUCUGGGGUUGGAUGGCAAACCUAUACAUACGAGAGAAUACCUUUUUAAGGUGAAUACUUUUUAUAUCUAUAUUAUGUAUAUCUCUCCCUCGCUCCCUCUCUCUCACUGCCCAUGUAGCCUCCCUCUCUCUCUCUCUCUCUCUCUCCCUCUCUCUCUCUCUCCCUCUCUCUCUCCCUCUCCCUCUCCCUCUCCCUCUCUCUCCCUCUCUCUCUCUCUUUCUCUCCCUUCCUCUCUCUCUCUCACUGCCCAUGUAGCCUCCCUGCCUCCCUCUCUGACUCUCACGUAGCCUCCCUGCCUCUCUCUCACUCUCACGUAGCCUCCCUGCCUCUCUCUCACUCUCACGUAGCCUCCCUGCCUCUCUCUCACUCUCACGUAGCCUCCCUGCCUUUCUCUCUCACUCUCAUGUAGCCUCCCUGCCUUUCUCUCUCACUCUCACGUAGCCUCCCUGCCUCUCUCUCUCUCACGUAGCCUCCCUGUCUCACUCUCACGUAGCCUCCCUGCCUCUCUCUCACUCUCACGUAGCCUCCCUGUCUCACUCUCACGUAGCCUCCCUGCCUCUCUCUCACUCUCACGUAGCCUCCCUGCCUCUCUCUCUCUCACGUAGCCUCCCUGCCUCUCUCUCACUCUCACGUAGCCUCCCUGCCUCUCUCUCACGUAGCCUCCCUGUCUCACUCUCACGUAGCCUCCCUGCCUCUCUCUCACUCUCACGUAGCCUCCCUGUCUCACUCUCACGUAGCCUCCCUGCCUCUCUCUCUCUCACGUAGCCUCCCUGCCUUUCUCUCUCACUCUCACGUAGCCUCCCUGCCUCUCUCUCACUCUCACGUAGCCUCCCUGUCUCACUCUCACGUAGCCUCCCUGCCUCUCUCUCACUCUCACGUAGCCUCCCUGCCUCUCUCUCUCUCACGUAGCCUCCCUGCCUUUCUCUCUCACUCUCACGUAGCCUCCCUGCCUUUCUCUCUCACUCUCACGUAGCCUCCCUGCCUUUCUCUCUCACUCUCACGUAGCCUCCCUGCCUCUCCCUCUCUCCCUCCCUCCCCAGGCUGUCUGGACAUAGAGCAGUAUUGUGAAGUCAGAUAAUCAGCUGCUAUUCAUUAUUCUAUGAGAUGAAUCAGUAGAGCGUUAACAUGUUGAGCUCAGAAAGUCCCUGGAUGUGUCCCAAAUUGGACCAGAGCCCUGGUCAAAAGUAAUGCACUAAAUAGGGGAUAGGGUGCAAUUUGGGACAUAGACCCAAUGGUGAGCCAGAUAAUCCUAAUCAGGUCUGGGGGGAGAGAGGACAUGAGGAAUAUACAGACGGGUCUAAUGACUAUAUACAGACAGACAGACGGGUCUAAUGACUAUAUACAGACAGACAGACGGGUCUAAUGACUAUAUACAGACAGGUCUAAUGAGAAGGUUCUGGGUGCCUCCCACUCCCAAAACAAAAUGGCAACUUUGAUUUAGUUACCUCAGCAAGAGGUUUUCCCGCUGGCUAAAAGUGUAGUGAACAAAGUAACCCUGUGCCACAACCAUGCACCAUAUUUACAAUGACCCGGCUGACUACAUUAUCAGCACAGUGAUUGUGACCUGUCGACUGACUGAAGGAAAUACGAUAUUUAUUUAGUCAAAAGAGAGGUCACGUGACCUCAGAACAGCCUUAGUUCGUCGGGGCAUGGACUCUACAAAGGUGUCAAAAGCGUUCCACGGGGAUGCUGGCCCAUGUUGACUCCAAUGCUUCCCACAGUUUGUGUCAAGUUGACUGCUGGAUGCCCUUUGGGUGGUGAACCAUUCUUGAUACACCCGGGAAACUGUUGAGUGUGAAAAACCCCAGAAGCAUUGCAGUUCUUGACACAAACUUAAAUCUUUUGUCUUGUCCAUUCACUCUCUGAAUGACACACAUACACAAUCCAUGUCUCAUUUGUCUCAAGGCUUAAAAAUCCUGCUUUAACCCGUCUCCUCCCCUUCAUCUACACUGAUUGAAGUGGAUUUAACAGGUGACAUCAAUAAGGGGAUCACAGAGUUCACCUGGAUUCACCUGGUCAGUUCUGUGUCAAUGGAAAGAGCAGGUGUUCUUAAUGUUUUGUCCACUCAGUGUAUAGGGAAUAGGGUGCCAUUUUGGGAUUCCCCCCCCCCCCCCCC